AUGCCUGCCCACUCACAAUACCCGCCCAUACCGGUGCCGAAGGAGGAUCUGUACAGAUUUAUAUUCGAUCGCAAGGACCGGCCGUUUCCUGACAGUCAGGUCAUAUUUGUCGAUGGCAACACCAAUCGCGAAAUGACCUUUGCGGACCUCCGCGACCAGUCCAAGGCGUUCGGAAUCGGACUGAAGUCUAUAUGGGAGUGGAAGAAGGGCGACGUUUUGGCCGUGUUCAGCACGAACCAAAUCGACACACCCCCCCUGAUGCUCGGAGCGCUGUGGGCUUCCGGCACCGUGACCCCCGCGAACCCAAACUACACAGUGGACGAGCUCACGUUUCAGCUGAAGGAUUCGCGCGCGAAGGCGAUCGCGACGCUGCCAGAGCUCCUGCCCAUCGUGACCAAGGCGGCGGCAAACGUCGGCAUUCCCACGGACCGCAUAUUGAUCCUGGGAGACCAGCGGGCAGCCGGGUUCAAGCACUGGAGGGAGAUAAUCGAUCCGUCCACUGCGGUCAAAUGGCGUCAGGGAAAGAUCGAUGCGAACAAGGAUCUGGCGUUCUUGGUUUAUUCGAGCGGAACGACGGGGCAUCCCAAGGGUGUUAUGCUGUGUCAUCGCAAUAUCGGGAGCAAUGUUUUGCAGUUGUUGGCUGGAGAGGGGCCGAAUUUGACCUGGGAGAAGGAUACUAUCAUCGCUUUCUUGCCGUUUUUCCAUAUCUAUGGUCUCACAUGUCUUAUUCUCCAGAACUGCUAUUCGGGGAAGAAAACAGUUGUGAUGGACCGGUUCGAUUUGGAUAAAUUCUGCAGUCUCAUCCAACAGCACAAAAUCACCAUGGGAUACAUCGUCCCGCCGGUGGUGUUGGCCCUUGCCAAGUCGCCGGUGGCUACCAAAUACGACCUCACCAGUCUGCGGAUGCUCAACAGUGGAGCUGCGCCAUUGACGAGAGAACUGGUGGACGCUGUCUGGGAUAGGCUGAAGGUGCCGGUCAAGCAGGGAUACGGUCUGUCCGAGACAUCGCCCGUUACCCACACCCAGCAAUGGCAUCUGUGGCAGUCAACGAUCGGCAGUGUAGGCCACAUGCUCCCGAACAUGUCCUGCAAGUACUGCGACGAAGAAGGCAACGAGCUCCCCAUCGGCGAGACCGGCGAACUGUGGCUGAAGGGCCCCAACGUGAUGCUGGGCUACCUCAACAAUCCUACCGCCACAGCUAACGCCAUCACACCCGAUGGCUACUUCAAGACCGGUGACGUCGGCCACGAAGACAAACACGGCAACGUCUUCAUCACCGACCGCGUCAAGGAACUGAUCAAAUACAAGGGUUUCCAAGUCCCGCCCGCCGAGUUGGAGGGCAAGCUUAUGGGCCACGAGAAAGUCGACGACGUAGCCGUAAUCGGUGUUUACGACGAGGCCUUGGCCUCGGAAGUCCCGCGCGCCUACAUUGUUCCUAAAGCCGGAACUAACAGCGACGAAAAGGCGCUGGCCGAGGAGAUCUCGCAGUACCUUUCUGAGCGCGUAGCACACCACAAGAGGCUGCGCGGUGGAAUCCGAUUUGUAGAGGCGAUUCCGAAAUCGGUCUCUGGUAAGAUCCUGCGGAGGAUCCUGAAGGAGCAUGCGAAAGCCGAGGCGGCGACGGGGACUCCAAUUAAGGCGAAGCUGUAG